AUGGCAGUGGAAGAGAAGAAUUCUCCUACGGGGGCGGCCAUGACAAAUACUGGCAUCCUAGCUCCGUCAUCACAGCAGAGUGAGCCAGAGUCUAUAUACUCCUUCCCUAACGUAUACCUGAAGUGGUGGACAAAGACACAGAAGUUCUUCUCCCGGGAAAACACUAUAACCCCUACGUUUGGAUACUUUCGCCUUCUGUUUGGGACACAACCCGGAAAAACUGAUAUCGCACUUAUCGUUAUUGGGACCAUUGCUGGAAUAGGCGCUGGUAUUCCAUUCCCUCUUCUCGGUAUCCUCUUCGGUGAAUUAGUCGACGACCUGAACUCAUCGACAUGCUCGACGACUCAAGCUCCGCCAGGUGGCUACCAGGCCGCUAUAACCACAAAGGUGCUACAAGUCAUCUACGCCUCGAUCCUAAAUUUUGUGUGCAUGUACAUCCAUACUGGGUGUUGGAGCAUGGUUGGCGAACGCCUGGUGCGACGCCUACGAACCAAAUACUUCCAUAGUCUUUUGAGACAGGAGAUUGCCUUUACGGAUACUCUGCCUUCAGGAGAUGUCACCUCUCGGCUGGUCAGUGAUAUCGAAGUGAUCCAGGCUGGAACGUCAGAGAAAGUAGGCCUGUUCAUCGGUACUAUUUCGUACUUUGUUGCUGCUUAUAUCGUAGCAUUUCUCAAAGUUGCUACUAUCGCGGCCAUGCUUAUGUCGGUUGUACCAAUCUACUUUCUAAUGGCCUUUGGCGGAGGACAUUAUAUAAAGAAAUACUCUAGCAGGAUUUCAACCCAUAUAAAUGCUGCCACGUCAAUUGUUUCGUCCAGUCUGUCACAUAUGAGCAUCGUCCAUGCUUUCAAUGCGAAUGCCAGAUUGGAAGCCUUAUUCGCCCAACACCUCGUCAGUGCAAGGAUGGAUGCGUUGAAGAAGGCCAUCACCCAUUCCAUACAGUUUGGAAUGCUUUAUUUCGUAGCAUACGCGUCGAAUGCACUUGCUUUUUGGCAAGGUAGUAGAAUGAUUGCUGACCUUGCAGAGGGCAAGCCUUCUAAGGUCUCCGUCGGUGCUGUUUACACCGUGAUAUUCGUUUUACUAGAUGCUUCCUUUGUUUUAAGUCAGAUGGCUCCAUUCAUGCAUAUCUUUGCUUCAGCAGCUUCUGCGGGUGAUAGACUUAUGACCACAAUCAAACGCCAAUCUGCCAUCGACGGCACUUCUUCUGAGGGUGACUCGACCAUAUCUUUGGCCUCGGAAGAAAUCGAGCUUCAAGACGUUACGUUCAACUACCCAGCUCGCCCUGAGGUUCCAGUGUUGCAGGGCGUAAGCUUCAAGAUUCCCCCGAAUAAACACACUGCCAUCGUUGGAACAUCAGGGAGCGGAAAGUCAACCGUUGUAGCCCUACUGGAGCGUCUCUAUGAUCCCAUUACUGGCUGCGUCCGGGUUGGCAACCGGGACCUAAAAGAAAUCAAUGUUCGGCAUUUACGUGGAAGCAUCGGCCUAGUUCAGCAGGAACCAAACCUCCUUGAUCGAUCUAUAUUGGAGAACAUCGCACAUGGCCUUGUUAGUUCAUCACAAGAGAAACACAAGCACCUUCUUCCCAUCUUGUUGGGCCCGAGUCUUUCUGAACUUACUGAGAAGAUUCGUCAAGGUGCAAGUGAAGACGAAGCUGUAGCGGAGCAGGGAGACGUGGUUCGAGAGAUUGUCAACCUCGCACGCCAUGCAGCUACCUUGUCAAAUGCAAUUGAUUUCAUCAAUGCAUUGCCAGAUGGCCUAGCAACGAGGGUAGGAAGUUCUGGUGCUGAGCUAAGCGGUGGCCAAAAACAACGCAUUGCACUAGCCCGAGCUCUUAUCCGUGAUCCUCCCGUGUUGCUGUUGGAUGAAGCCACGGCUGCUCUUGACUCUACUAGCGAGAGGUUGAUACAAGCAGCGUUGACCAAAGUAUCUGAGAACGUUACGACUGUUUCAAUUGCACAUCGGCUGGCUACUGCUAAGGAUGCUGAUAACAUUAUUGUCAUGCAGAAAGGCAAAGUUAUGGAACAAGGCACGCACAUGGAUCUCGUAGCUCGUGACGGUGUAUAUGCCGGUAUGGUACGGCUGCAGAACAUAGGGAAAUUCAGUUCCUCUAGCUCUAUCAUGACCGAGUCUACCCAGGUUGAUGUGAACAUUGACCGAUCUCUCACUACUGAUACCCUUCUGAACAAGGAAGAAAAAUUAUCCCUUGAGCAAGGUGUACUAGACGAGAAGGAGAAACCGGCUCAGUUAUAUAUGCCUGAAGAAGCGGAUAGUCUACCAACUGAACCCGAAGCGAAAAAGGAGAAGCCAAAACAGACUCUCUGGGCUACGAUGAGAGGGUCAUUCCCACUCAUCCGACCCAAUCUCCUCCUCAUCUCACUUGGUCUGAUUACCUCUAUUAUGAUUGGUGUCAGUUAUACAGGUGAAGCGGUCAUUUUUGGUCACACAGUAGGCAGUCUGAGCGUCUGUCGAGGUGGCCCAAGCAUUCGAUCCAGCGGUAUGCUUUUUGGUCUCCUCUUCUUCAUUCUUGCAGUUGCGAAAUUUGCUGCUGUGAUUGUGAAUGGAGCUGCAUUUGGUUGGGCUGCUGAAAAGACUCUAUAUCGUACACGAGUUCUCUCGCUUCGGUCACUGCUCCGUCAACCGCUGGAAUGGCAUAAUGCAGAUGGACGAACGCCUGGGCUACUAGUUGCCCUAGUUACAAGCGAUGCUUCAGCUCUUAGCAGCUUGACAGGUACAACCAUCGGUGUCCUUUUUUCCACGGUUGCGAACCUCUUUGCGGGUGUUAUUCUGUCUCACGUCAUCGCAUGGAAAAUAGCCGUAGUCCUUCUGGCUACUCUACCUGUCUUAUUGGCAUCUGGAGUCCUUCGGCUACGUGUAAUGGCUCAAUAUCAAAAGAAGCACCAAAAGGCCUAUGCGAAGGCAACGGCUAUUACAGUGGAAACAGUCGACAAUAUCAAGUCGAUUGCAGCAUUUUCUCUGGAACAAGAAGCCUAUAGUGUCUUCAACCGCUCUCUGAAAGCACCAUAUAAGUCGAACAUGAAGUCUGUCUUGCACGGAAACUUCUGGCUCUCGUUGGCAUACAGUAUCAGCACGCUGGUCUAUGCAUUAGCAUACUGGUGGGGAUCACAGCAGAUUCUCGCAGGCAUGUACACACAGGUUCAGUUCUUCAUUGUCCUGCCCGCUCUCCUGUUCAGCACUCAGUCGUGCGGCCAGAUGUUUGCUCUGGUUCCGGAUAUAUCCAAAGCCCGCAUUGCGGCGUCAAAUAUCGUCGACCUGCUAUCCAUAAAGCACGAGGGAGACGAAGAGUACGACAAGACUGGUUCGAAAGCAAGUGCCAAACACACCGAUCCAAGGUUUAACAUGCUCGAGGACAAGCCUAGGGAUGUCGAGGCGCAGUUAACUACGACUACGCCUUCAUCCUUCCCCACAAAAGGCAUGGGCGUCCAAUUCCGCAAUGUCCACUUCCGAUACCCCUCUCGACCCAACCAACCGGCCCUAGAUGAUUUGUCCAUUAACAUUUCCCCCGGCCAAUUCUGCGCCUUAGUUGGUCCCUCUGGUUCAGGAAAAUCAACUACUUUUGCACUUCUGGAGAAGUUUUAUAAUCCAGCCUCUGGGUCUAUCAUCAUUGACGGGGUAGACAUCACUAAGCAAUCUGGUGCGGCCUUCCGAGAUACCAUUGCCCUCGUACCACAAGAGAACGUCAUGUUUGAAGGAACGGUAGCAUUUAAUAUUGGGCUUGGAGCCCGCCCUGACGUCGAGGCCACGCAGGAAGAGAUCGAAGAAGCAUGUCGUCUGGCCAACAUACAUGAUACCAUCGCCGCCUUGCCUGACGGGUAUAACACUGUCUGCAGCCAAGAUGGGAAACAGUUCAGUGGUGGCCAGAGGCAGCGGUUGAGUAUUGCCCGUGCACUCGUUAGGAAGCCUAGGUUGUUACUGUUGGAUGAGUCCACGAGUGCUCUUGACGUUGAGAGCGAGAAGCACGUUCAAGAUGCGUUGGCGAAGGUGGCUCGAAAGACUACUAUAGUUGCUAUUGCGCAUCGGUUGAACACAAUCCACCGAGCUGACAGGAUCUUUAUGAUUGAGGGAGGAAAGUGUGUCGAUCAGGGAACACAUGCGGAACUCGUGGAGAGAUGCGAGAGUUAUAGAGCGAAUGUGAUUCAUCAGUCGUUGGAUGCGUAG